AUGGCCGACGCGACUGCGAAUAAAUCCAGGGUCCUUAUCCUCGACGGAGGUCUCGGCACCUCUCUCGAAGACAAGUAUGGCAUCAAGUUUAACUCGGCCGUCACCCCUCUCUGGUCAACUCAUCUCUUGGUCGAAGGCCAGGAUACGCUUCUUUCUUGCCAGAAGGACUUUGGCGAUGUGCCUGUCGACAUCAUUUUGACCGCGACGUACCAGCUUUCAAUCCAUGGAUUCGCCAACACGCGCACCGCCCAGUUCCCCAAUGGCAUUGACCGAGCCACCAUUGGCAACUUUAUCCAAGACGCCAUUCGCAUUGCCCAUGAUGCCGGGCGGGCAAACGGCGCCAAGCCCGCACUCAGUAUCGGCCCUUAUGGAGCUUGCAUGAUUCCCGGCCAGGAGUACAGCGGCGCCUAUGACACCGAUCACGAUUCACUUGAGAAGCUGCGCGACUGGCACCUGGAGCGUCUGCAGUUGUUCGACAAGGCAGGCGCCUUCUCGUCCCCUGUUGGCUACGUCGCCGUUGAGACCAUCCCCCGCGCCGACGAGAUUAUGGCUGUGAGACAGGCUCUGGAUAAGAGCGGCGUCGUGGCUGCCAAGCCUGCUAUUCCAUUUUGGAUUGCCUCACUUUUCCCUGGCGAGGACGAGCGUCUGCCGGAUGGAUCUUCGAUCAAGGAGGCUGUGAGGGCCAUGCUCAGCCCCGAGAUCGCCGCGAGUAUUCCCUGGGGUAUCGGCAUCAACUGCACAAAGAUCUGGAAGCUGGAAUCUCUCGUCAAGGGCUUCGAAUCGGCCGUUCAGGACCUCAUCGCGGAGGGCGUCGUCACUGAGGCCCCGGCCCUCAUUCUCUACCCGGACGGCACCAACGGGGAGGUUUACAACACCACCACUCAGACAUGGGAACUUCCUCAGGGAUCCAGUCAACCCACCGCCUCUUGGGAAGAUCAGCUCACGCAAGUGGUCGCGAAUGCGGAAUCUCGUGGUAUUUGGAAACAAAUUGUUGUGGGUGGAUGCUGCAAGGCAAGCCACUCUGAUAUCGCCAGGCUCCGGGCUGCGGUAGAAAGCCUAUCUCGGUAA